AUGUCCCGACCCGGCAACAAGCGCGCCGCCGGCGACGGUGGCUCGGGGCCCCCGGAGAAGAAGCUGAGCCGCGAGGAGAAGACCACCACCACGCUGAUAGAGCCCAUUCGUCUUGGGGGCAUCUCUUCCACGGAGGAGAUGGACCUCAAGGUUCUUCAGUUCAAGAACAAGAAACUAGCAGAGCGGCUGGAACAGCGGCAAGCUUGUGAAGACGAGCUCCGAGAAUGAAUUGAGAAGCUGGAGAAGCGGCAGGCCACAGACGAUGCCACGCUCCUCAUUGUCAAUCGCUACUGGGCCCAGCUGGAUGAAACUGUGGAAGCCCUUCUCCGACACCAUGAGAGCCAGGGGGAGCUGUCUGGAGGGACAGAGGCACCUGGGACCCAGGAGGGGCCGACGCGUGAUGAGACCCCUCUCACAGAGCCAGGGACAUCGGACCUGAGGGAGCCCCUGCCCGUGCAGCUGCGGCCCCCGCUCAGUGAGCCAGCCUUGGCUUUUGUGGUGGCCCUGGGCGCCAGCAGUAGUGAGGAGGUGGAGCUGCAGCUGCAGGGCCGGAUGGAGUUCUCCAAGGCCGCCGUGUCCCGAGUCGUAGAGUCCUCAGACCGCCUGCAGCGCCGGGUGGAGGAACUCUGUCAGCGAGUAUACAGCCGAGGGGACAGUGAGCCCCCCGGUGAGGUGGCUCGGGCACGCACCCGGGAGCUGGGUCGUGAGAACCAGUGGCUGCAGGACUUGGCCACCCAGCUACAAGAGAAGCACCACCGCAUCUCGUUGGAGUACUCUGAGCUCCAGGAUAAAGUGACAUCAGCAGAGACCAAGGUGCUGGAGAUGGAGACCACAGUGGAGGACCUGCAGUGGGACAUUGAGAAGCUGCGCAAGCGUGAGCAGAAGCUCAAUAAGCACCUGGCGGAAGCCUUAGAGCAGCUCAACUCUGGCUACUAUGUGUCUGGGAGCUCCUCCUGCUUCCAGGGGGGCCAGAUCACACUCAGCAUGCAGAAGUUUGAGAUGCUGAAUGCAGAGUUGGAGGAGAACCAGGAAUUGGCCAAUAGCCGGAUGGCAGAGCUGGAGAAGCUGCAGGCCGAACUUCAGGGAGCUGUGCGGACCAACGAGCACCUCAAGGUGGCCCUGCGGAGCCUUCCUGAGGAGGUGGUGCAGGAAACGGGCGAGUACCGAAUGCUACAGGCCCAGUUCUCGCUGCUCUACAACGAGUCUCUGCAAGUGUAGACGCAGCUUGAUGAGGCCCGGGGGCUGCUGCUGGCUACCAAGAAUUCCCACCUGAGACAUACUGAGCACAUGGAGAGCGAUGAGCUGGGGCUGCAGAAGAAGCUGCGCAUGGAGGUCAUCCAGCUGGAGGACACGCUGGCCCAGGUACGCAAGGAGUACGAGAUGCUGUGCAUCGAGUUCGAACAGAACCUGGCGGCCAACGAGCAGGCGGGACCCAUCAACCGGGAGAUGCGCCACCUGAUCAGCAGCCUCCAGAACCACAACCACCAGCUGAAGGGGGAUGCCCAGCGGUACCAGCGGAAGCUGCGGGAAGUGCAGGCUGAGAUUGGCAAGCUCCGGGCCCAGGCCAGCGGCUCAACCCACUCCAUCCCCAGCCUGGGCCACCCAGAGGACUCCAGCCUCGGUGCCCCAGCCCCAGGGAAAGAAGAGGGUGGGCCAGGCCCUGUCACUGCCCCUGACGGCAGAAAGGAGAUGGCUUCAGUGCCUGGUGCCACCACCACUGCCUCCUCGGUGAAGAAGGAGGAGCUGGUCCCCUCGGAGGAGGAUGCCCAGGCCCUAACUCCUGGCUCCCAGGGCUCCUCCUCUCAGGGCCGAGAACCUGAGCCCAGGCCCAAGCGGGAGCUUCGGGAGCGGGAAGGGCCUGGCCCGGGACCCCCAUCUGUAGCCUCAGCUCUCUCAAGGGCUGAUCGGGAGAAGGCCAAGGUGGAGGAGGCCAAGAGGAAGGAGUCAGAGCUCCUCAAAGGUCUCCGAGCAGAGCUCAAGAAGGCCCAAGAAAGCCAGAAGGAGAUGAAGCUGCUGCUGGACAUGUACAAGUCAGCACAGGAACAGCAGGAUAAGGUGCAGCUCAUGGCAGCUGAACGCAAGGCCAAGGCUGAGGUUGAUGAACUGCGGCACCGUAUUCGGGAACUGGAGGAGAGGGACAGGCAGGAGAGCAAAAGAAUCGCGGGCGAGGACGCCCUGCGGCGCAUUCGGCAGGCGGAGGAGCAGAUCAAGCACCUGCAGCGCAAGCUGGGUGCUACCAAGCAGGAAGAAGAGGCUCUGCUGUCCGAGAUGGAUGUGACUGGCCAGGCUUUUGAAGACAUGCAGGAGGAGAAUGGGCGCCUGCUGCAGCAGCUUCGGGAGAAGGAUGACGCCAACUUCAAGCUGAUGUCGGAGCAGAUCAAGGCCAACCAGAUUCACAAGCUGCUGCGGGAGGAGAAGGAUGAGCUGGGCGAGCAAGUUCUGGGGCUGAAGUCCCAGGUGGAUGCCCAGCUGCUGACCGUGCAGAAGCUGGAGGAGAAAGAGCGGGCCUUGCAGGGCAGCCUUGGGGGUGUGGAGAAGGAGCUGACGCUGUGCAGCCAGGCCCUGGAGCUCAACAAGAGGAAGGCUGUGGAGGCGGCCCAGCUGGCCAAGGACUUGAAGGUGCAGCUGGAGCACGUGCAGACGCGGCUGCGAGAGAUCCAGCCUUGCCUGGCGGAGAGCCGGGCUGCUCGUGAGAAGGAGAGCUUCAAUCUCAAGAGGGCUCAGGAGGACAUCUCACGGCUGCGGCGCAAGCUGGAGAAGCAGCGGAAGGUGGAGGUGUAUGCGGACGCCGAUGAAAUCCUCCAGGAGGAGAUCAAGGAGUACAAGGCGCGGCUGACCUGCCCCUGCUGUAACACCCGCAAGAAGGACGCGGUCCUUACCAAGUGCUUCCACGUCUUCUGCUUCGAGUAUGUGCGGGGCCGCUAGGAGGCCCGCCAGAGGAAGUGCCCCAAGUGCAACGCGGCCUUCGGUGCCCAUGACUUCCACCGCGUCUAUACCAGCUGA